AUGUUAGCGUGGAGAGCAAGACAGACUUAUAGGCUCGUUCAGACUACAAUGAGAAUGUUCUCUGACAAAGAACCUUACGAAGGCUCAAUUCUCAAAAAGAAAGGCAAAGGUGACGAAGAGAUUUACUUCAAUAAAAAAGAAAAAGAACAAUUGAGAAAUUUACUUCAUAAACUAGAAGAUGCUGCAGGAGAACCAGAAGCGGCUGUAGAAAAUGAUAGAGAAAGUAGAGCGAAACUUCUUCAAGUGCUAAGCAAGCAUAAUAUUAGAGCUUCAGAGUCACUCCUUGACGAUAUCCUGAGUUGGAAGAAAGGGUUAGGCUAUUCAAGGCAGGCGCUAGCCAUAUUGGUUAAGAAGUCACCAAAACUCCCAUAUGGGAUGCUCAACCGCUUUUCAACUCUAGCCCAGAGGGUCUAUCUCUAAUAAUGGGUAAUUUCCGAUACCUUCUGUAUCCUUCAUGUGCUGCUGCUUAUGGAUUUCUGUGGUCCUGCUACGGGAGAUUGAAGCAGCUUGAUUCCAUAGAUCAUUGGAGUCUGUCAGAAGCCUGGGCCCCAGUCUCUUGGUAGAGGAAUGUCCACGGAUCCUCAGAUCAUAGAACGUUGUUGAGCACCUCCAUUUACAACCAUAGGAAAGCAGCCAAAACCUACCCCAUAAAUAUCUCACUUGAUUCUUGGCUCAGAGUCCGUCCCAGUUUGCCGUUGCCAUAAAAUGCUCCAAGAGGGCAGAUUAUUCGCCAUUUUAAUGUAUAUUUGAAAGAAAGGGACUUAUUAA